GGAUAAUAAAAAACAUUCCGGGCGAGUGCCGCUUAAACCACAGAAGAAGAAGAAGAAGAAGAAGAAGAAGACCGUCAUGGCCGCAGACAAAUAACACCUUGGUUGUAAUGGAGUUCGUGGACUAAAUCCAUCAGAACGAGGGAACAACUUCAGUGGUCUACAGCUACUGGAAGCACAACACUGAAGAUGAAGAGCAAAGAAAAGCAGAGACACAAGCUGAUGGUCUAUGAGAAGACAUCAGUGGUGAGCAGCAGCGAUGAAGACUCUCACACGGAGAACCUGGCUCUGCUCGCCAGGAGAGAAGAGGCUAGCUUACAGACAAGUGAGCUCCACCACAGAGGAAAGGAGUACGAAGGCAGUGAUGAAGAGGAGGAAGGUGAAGAGGCAUCAGAUGAUGAUGACUCUACUGAUGUAGAAGAAGAGGGUAAAGGCAGUGAAUCGUCUGGGGAGAACGAGACUGAAGAGGAUGAUGAUGAUGAUGAUGAUGAUGUCGGUGGUAGCAGUGGGACCCAAACUAAAGAAGAAAUCAGAACAGAGCUGUCCCACAUGUCCUUUGAGGACAUCAUUAUGCUGCAGAAUAAAGUGGGAACCAAAGUUUACAAUGAGGUCGCUUACGGCAGCAGAAGGAGUGCAGACGUCAGCAAGAAGAAACGACUGAACAAGAACCGGCCCGUAGAGAUCUCAGCCAAGAAACCAGCACCUUUCAUCCGCCAAGUUGUUCCCAGUAGAAAACCAAUGAGGAGAGAUCCUCGGUUUGACGAUCUGUCAGGGGAGUACAAACCAGAAAUCUUUGAGAAGACGUACAGGUUCAUUAGUGACAUCAAGCUGAGGGAGAAGGAGAUCAUCCAGAAGAAGUUGAAGAAAACGAAGAGAGACGGUGAGAAGAGGAAGGAGCUGCAGUUCCUGCUGAAGAGACUGGAGAACCAGGAGCGAGCAAGACUGAGUCAAGAACAGCAGAGAGAGAGAGAGUUGCAGUUCAAGAGGCAGAAGAGGGAGCAGACGCAUCACGGAGAUCAUCCGUUCUUCCUCAAGAAAUCUGAUAAGAAGAAGCUGCAGCUGGCAGAAAAAUACCUCGAUUUGAAAAAGAGCGGGAAACUGGAGAACUUCCUGAGUAAGAAGAGGAAGAGGAACGCUGCGAAGGACCGCCGGAAGCUGCCCAGCCAUAAGACUUCCUGAGACAUCCAGUUAUUUAAGGUCAUGAGGAAAAAGACUGACCCGGUUCUGCUGAAGAACCCAGGUGGAACGUGACUUGUGAAGCUCAGAGGAGCAGUCGGGUCACCGUCCUUCCUCUUCAGCUGGACUCUGACCUGAGAAAGCCUUCACACAUUCAUAUUUGUUUAUUUGAAAUAAAAUACAAAGUUUUAAUUUUU